CCCAAGGUUAGCUGUCGACGAGUGUGCAUUUAGCUGUUUGCGGUUCACACUUUUUUGCAUUCUGUCAGAGAUCCUCGUGGUAUAGGCUGCAAAAGUUCCAGAAACACCGAAGAUUCUCAAAUGUGGUUUACCAUCGUCUAGUUAUAUCUGUGAAGCUAAAAUGGCUGAGAAUAUUGGGGAGAAAUUGAAAAACUACAGGACCGCUCCCUUCGACUCCCGAUUCCCCAACACCAACCAGACCCGCAACUGCUACCAGAACUAUCUGGACUUCCACCGGUGCAACAAGGCUCUAUCAGCCAAAGACCAGGACGUGGCUCCAUGUGAUUGGUACAAGAAGGUUUACCAAAGCCUCUGUCCCAUUAGCUGGGUCGAGAAGUGGGACGAACAAAAAGAGAAUGGAAGUUUCGCAGGGAAGAUCUAAAUUUCCCAACUGUUAUUUGUCUGGACAGUUACCUGUAGGGAACCCUGUUACAUGCACCUUUACCUCUGUAGUGUGCCUGUGGACAUGUUCAAACAUCUGUUGUUAACAUAAACAAAAAAAAACACGCACAAUUUUUACCCAGCAUGUCAAGGUCUAAAGAUUUCCAGUCGACUGUAAUAUACUUCUUGGUGUUGUUAAACCACUACAUAUUUAAUUAAAAGACAUUGCUCAUUUGUUCAAGUUUAAAUGUUGUGUUUAAUUUGAUUUAUGUAGCAUUUGUCAAAUUCAGACAAGGAUAAUGCUUUUUUCUUCCUUACAUCAUGAACAUAAUUUCACAGAGCCAGCUAAUUGUGAGUGUUUAUGUCAUGGACAGGACAUGUUCUCAUUUGCUCCUAAUCUAUUUUUGGCACCGUGCAAGGAAAGAUCAUGAAGUAUAUCACUGACACUGGAGCUGUUCAGUAGAUGUUGUGUCGUAUGCUAUCUACUCUUUCUCAUUUAGUUUUAUAAAAAUUAGUUACUAAUGAGAAACCUAUUGAAAUAAAACAAUCAAUAUUUGCA